AUGGGACAAACCCUAACCACCCCAUUGAGCCUUACUUUAGACCACUGGCCUGACGUCCGCGCUCGAGCCGACAACCUGUCAGUCGAUGUUCGAAAGAAGAAAUGGGUGACCCUUUGUUCGUCCAAGUGGCCUACUGUUGGGGCAGAAUGGCCAAGAGACGGCACUUUCAAUCUCAAUAUUAUUUCCCAGGUUAAAGCAAAAGUGUUCAGCCCGGGACCACAUGGACACCCGGAUCAAUGCGCCUACAUUGUUACCUGGGAAAGUUUGGCACGUGACCCGCCCCUAUGGGUCCAGCCCUUUGUCAUCUCUAAUAAACCCCAACCUCCUCUUACCCCUACAGCCCCUAAGGCUCCCCCUCCUCCGGAGAGCCAACCGCUUGUACCUCUUCCUCCUGCACCUUCCCCUGCCCCACCCUCUUCUUCCCUAUACCCCACCAUUCUUGAGGAGAAGAUUCCCAAAGAAAAACCUCCGAAACCUACCCCUGCGCCCCCUCCCGUCCUUCCUCCGAACCCUGACUCUCCCCUCACUGACCUUCUAUCAGAAGAACCCCCUCCUUAUGCAGAUCCAGAGGAUCCAGAGAGUCUGGAUGGGCCGGAGACUGCAGCGGUGGGUGGACAGCCUGCACAAGUCUCCCCAGCCCCUUCACACAUGGCUGGAAGACUCCGGGGAAGGCGUGAGCCACCCCCUGAUUCCACUUCUCAUGCCCUACCCUUGAGAGAGGGCCCAAAUGGCCAACAGCAAUACUGGCCAUUCUCUGCCUCAGAUCUAUGCUAUUGGAAACACCAUAACCCCCCAUUCUCCAAAGAUCCAGUAACGCUGACUAACCUGAUUGAAUCUAUUUUAGUCACCCACCAGCCCACUUGGGAUGAUUGCCAGCAACUCUUGCAAGCCCUGCUGACCUCAGAGGAAAAGCAAAGAGUCUUUUUGGAGGCUCGGAAAAACGUCCCAGGCGACAACGGUAGCCCAACCCUUUUGCCUAACAAAAUUGACGAGGCCUUCCCUCUGACAUGACCUGACUGGGAUUUUACCACGGCUGCAGGUAGGGGACAUCUACGCCUCUAUCGCCAGUUGCUAAUCGUGGGUCUCCGAGGGGCAGCACGCCGCCCCACCAAUUUGGCCCAGGUUAAGUAAGUAAUACAGGGAAAUGAAGAGACGCCCUCAGCCUUCUUAGAAAGGCUCAAGGAUGCUGCUUAUAGGAUGUAUACCCCCUAUGACCCUGAGGAUCCAGGGCAAGCUACAAGUGUAUCCAUGUCUUUCAUUUGGCAGUCUAGUCCGGAUAUUAGAAGCAAAUUGCAGAGGCUUGAGGGUCUCCAGGGAUAUACUAUACAAGACUUACUAAAAGAGGCAGAGAAGAUUUUCAAUAAGAGAGAGACUCCAGAAGAAAAAGAGGAAAGAUUAUGGCAGAGAAUGAAAGAUCGGGAGGAUGAAAGAGACAAGAGGAGAAACAAGGAAUUAACUAGGGUGUUGGCCACCGUGGUUCAGGGACAGAAUAGAGAGGGAGACAGAAAGGGAGAACGACUUAGGGCCAAGGUGGACAGAGACCAAUGCGCCUAUUGUAAAGAACGAGGACACUGGAUUAAGGAUUGCCCCAGAGGAACAAAAGGACCUAGGAAGCCCAGGCCCCAAACCUCCCUCCUCACCUUAGAGGAUUAGGGAACUCAGGGCCAGAGCCCCCCCCCCCCCGAGCCCAGGAUAACUCUUGAUGUCGGGGGGCAACCAGUCACCCUCCUAGUAGACACCGGGGCCCACCAUUCAGUCCUGACCCAGACUUCAGGGCCACUCAGCGAACGAUCUGCUUGGGUCCAAGGAGCCACUGGUGGCAAGAGAUAUAGAUGGACCACUAAUCAGAAGAUUCAGCUGGCUACUGGUAAGGUGACACAUUCCUUUCUACAUGUUCCGGAUUGUCUCUAUCCCUUGUUGGGUAGGGACCUCCUCACCAAGCUAAGGGCCCAAAUUCAUUUCGAGGACACAGGGGCUAAGAUAACAGGCCCAGAUGGAGGUCCCCUCCAAAUUUUGACCCUCCGGCUGGAGGAUGAAUAUAGACUUUAUGAGCUUCAGGAGCCACAACAUGACUUGGCCUCCUGGCUUAAUGACUUUCCAUUGGCAUGGGCAGAGAUCGGGGGAAUGGGGGUGGCUUUACAACAACCUCCACUUAUCAUUCAAUUGAAGACAACAGCUACUCCUGUUUCAAUCAAGCAGUACCCCAUGUCCCAUGAAGCAUAUCAAGGCAUAAGGCCCCACAUAAAAAGACUGCUGGAUCAGGGCAUUCUCACUCCCUGCCGGUCACCAUGGAAUACUCCCCUUUUACCAGUAAAGAAACCGGGGACUGGGGACUACCGGCCAGUGCAGGAUUUGAGGGAGGUCAACAAAAGGGUGGAGGACAUACACCCCACGGUCCCCAACCCCUACAACUUAUUGAGCACUCUGCCACCAUCCCACGUUUGGUAUACCGUAUUAGACUUAAAGGAUGCCUUCUUCUGCUUGCGGCUGCAUCCAGAGAGCCAGUCCCUUUUUGCCUUUGAAUGGAAGGACCCAGAUCUUGGACUUUCGGGUCAAUUGACCUGGACACGGCUCCCCCAGGGGUUCAAGAACAGCGCGACCCUCUUUGAUGAGGCCUUACACCGGGACCUGGCAGACUUUCGGGUUCAGUACCCCGCCCUGACAUUACUACAAUACGUAGAUGACCUCCUUCUGGCGGCCGCUUCGGAGAAAGAAUGUCAGGAGGGUACAAAGGCCCUCCUACAGACAUUGGGACAAGCAGGAUAUCGGGCAUCAGCCAGGAAGGCUCAGAUAUGCCAGGAACAAGUCAUUUACCUAGGUUAUCAAUUAAAAGAUGGACAGAGAUGGCUGACCGAGGCAUGCAAACAGACUAUCACUAACAUCCCUGCUCCCCGGAACCCCCGCCAGCUGAGAGAGUUCCUGGGAACAGCAGGAUACUGCCGUCUCUGGAUCACAGGGUUUGCAGAGAUGGCUGCAUCCUUGUAUCCAUUAACUAAACAAGGAGCAAUGUUUGAUUGGGGAGAGGAACAACAGAGGGCUUUCUAAAACAUUAAGAAAGCCUUAUUAGCCUCCCCUGCUUUAGGCCUCCCUGACAUUACCAAGUCUUUCGAUUUGUUCGUGGAUGAAAAACAGGGUUACGCUAAAGGGGUCCUAACUCAAAAACUGGGCCCUUGGAGGCGUCCUGUAGCUUACCUCUCAAAGAAACUCGACCCAGUAGCUUCAGGGUGGUCGCCCUGUCUGCGAAUGGUAGCAGCUAUUGCAGUCCUCACCAAGGACGCGGGUAAACUGACUCUGGGCCAGCCAUUGACUAUCCUGGUGCCCCAUGCGGUGGAGGCCCUGGUCAAGCAGCCUCCAGACCGCUGGCUCUCUAAUGCCCGCAUGACCCAUUACCAAACCCACCAGGCCUUAUGUAACUCAACCCAAAAGGUGUCCAGAGGAACCUAUUACCUAGCUGCCUCCAACGGGACCUAUUGGAUCCUGGCAGACAAUCCCUGCCUCAUCCUCAUGUGA